AAGUGGCCGCCGCGGGCGCGCGCCGCCAGUCGUCAGCCGAGAAGCCGCAACAGCCAUGGACUACUUGCUCAACAGGGUUCGCGGCCACCAGAGGGUGCCGUCGGGCUCCCAGGAGUUCAAGGAGAUGACCAAGAAGGACGCGCUAGUCCACUUCCAGAGCGAGCUGGAGAGGCUGCUGGAAACGGCUCCAGAGGCGCGGCGCUCUAGCUUCCGCAAGCAGUUCGACGGCUUCGAGAAACUGUUCGAGCGUUUCCUCAGCGAGGACGGACCCUCCAUAGACUGGGAGAAGAUCCAGAAGCUGCCGCAGGACGCUGUACGGGACUACAGUACGCUGUCGCAGCCGUCUGCUGACGUCAUCCACGAGAUGCUGGGCAAGCUGGUGGUGGUGAAGCUGAACGGAGGCCUGGGCACCUCCAUGGGCUGCAGGGGGCCCAAGUCCGUCAUCGCCGUCCGCAACGACCUCACCUUCCUGGACCUCACCGUCCAGCAGAUAGAGCACCUCAACAAGAGGUACAAGGCGAACGUGCCGCUGGUGCUGAUGGACUCGUUCAACACGGACGAGGACACGCAGAAGGUGAUCCGCAAGUACCGGGGGCUGCAGGUCGAGAUCCACACGUUCAACCAGAGCUGCUACCCGCGCGUCAACCGCGACUCGCUGCUGCCCAUCGCCAAGACGUGCGCCGUGGACGCCGACAUCGACGCGUGGUACCCGCCCGGUCACGGAGACUUCUACGAAAGCUUCCAGAGUUCCGGUCUCCUGCGGAAAUUCAUCGACCAGGGACGAGAGUAUUGCUUCAUUUCGAACAUCGACAACCUGGGAGCGACGGUGGAUCUGAACAUCCUCAACCUGCUCCUGCACCCUACGGACAAGACGCCGGAGUUCGUGAUGGAGGUCACCGACAAGACGAAGGCGGACGUCAAGGGUGGGACGCUCAUUCACUACGAAGACAAGCUGCGCCUGCUCGAGAUCGCCCAGGUGCCCAAGGAGCACGUGGAGGACUUCAAGUCGGUCAAGACGUUCAAGUACUUCAACACCAACAACCUGUGGGUCAAGCUCGACGCCAUCGAACGUGUCCUGGACGAGCAGACGCUCAAGAUGGAAAUAAUCGUGAACAACAAGACGCUGGACGGAGGGCUGAACGUUGUGCAGCUGGAGACGGCCGUGGGGGCCGCCAUGAAGUGCUUUGACGGUGGUCUGGGCAUCAACGUCCCUCGGAGCCGGUUCCUGCCGGUGAAGAAGACGUCCGACCUGCUGCUGGUGAUGAGCAACCUGUACUCGCUGAGCAACGGCUCGCUGGUGAUGAGCCUGCAGCGCAUGUUCCCCACCACGCCGCUCAUCAAGCUGGGCGACAAGCACUUCGGAAAGGUGAAAGAGUUCCUCUCGAGGUUCGCCAACAUACCGGACCUCAUCGAACUGGACCACUUGACAGUGUCUGGCGACGUAACGUUCGGAAGAGGCGUAUCGCUCAAGGGCACAGUGAUAAUCAUCGCCAACCACGGAGACAGGAUCGACAUCCCAUCCGGCUCCGUACUGGAAAACAAGAUCAUUUCUGGAAAUAUGAGAAUACUGGACCAUUAAAUUGUCUCAUCUAGCCGUUGAAAGAAUUUUGGGUUUGCGAAAUGUGUAACCAGUCGAGGAAUUUAAGCGGUGUUCUGUCCAGGACAAAUCAUCUGUCAUCCCGAAUUUGUCUGGGAAUUCCGAGAGUGAUUACCGGUGAGAACAAAUGGCGCGUUGUGGAAUAUGCAGGGUAUGUGGUCAAGAGUACCUGAUUAUACUGUUCUUCGUAUCUGACUUUAAAACUCUAGUGCCAAGGGGAAAAGAAUUUAUGGUGCGAAUGUGAAACAUUCUGACAAGGCUGUGUCUGUUUCCAGACAAUGUUUAUUGUAAAGUAACGGGAUAAUGAAACAUGUAAACAAGUACAUAUAGAAUGUGCAAUUACAAGUGGUAUAUAGAUGUUUAUAAUCUAACGAAAGCAGAAUAAAGGAAACAAUUAUUUUGUA